UUUAUGUAUUCUAUUUGAAAUAAAAACCGAAGCUUUCCCAUAGAGACACGCGGUCUGAAGUUUGGAUCAUUCAUUCAUUCAUUGUAUGUCAUUGUGAAGACUAACGACAGCCCCACAACAUUAAACGGACCAAAAUACCAAUUUACAACACAACCUAAGGAAAAAAAAAAAGAAAUUAUUGUCUCUCUCGAUCUUCUCAUCUCCUCCUCCCACCACCACCACCGCCACCGUCAUCGCCACCACCCCCACCCCCACGUUGAUGGCUACGUUCCGUGACACCGAUCAGCUCAAACAGUUAAAAGACAUCUUUGACCGGUUCGACAUGGACCGAGACGGCAGCCUCACCCAGCUCGAGCUGGCCGCCCUCCUCCGCUCCCUCGGCCUACGUCCCACCGGCGAUCAAGUCCACAUCUUGUUGGCCAAAAUGGACGCCAACGGCAAUGGCUUCAUCGAGUUCGAGGAAUUGGUGGAGGCCAUAUUGCCCGAUAUAACCGAGCAAGUGUUGAUCAACCAAGAACAGCUAAUGGGGCAAAUGGCUAAGAUGGGACAACCGCUGACGUACCACGAGUUGACGGAGAUGAUGCAAGAGGCCGACACGAAUGGGGACGGUGUUAUUAGCUUUAAUGAGUUCGCAACCGUUUUGGCGAGGUCUGCGGUUGAUUACCUUGGGCUGCCUGUGUCGUAGUUGAGGUUGGUUUAGAUUAAUGUACGUUGUUGUUCGUGGUGGUUCAUGAUCAGUUAAUCUUGUAAAUGCCGUUCUUGAUGAUGAUGAUGAUGAUAACUGAGGUUUUUCUUGGUUGUACCAAUGUAAGAUUGAUGAUGAGUUUGUGUGUGUGUGUGUGUGCGUGUUUUUUUUCCUAUCAAGAAAUAAAAUAGGCUUUUUUGGGAUGUGCA